AUGGUUCACAAAGUUGUCUUCUGGACAGGCUUCGGCCUCGCAGUUCGCGCCUGGCAAUUGGGCCUGGAAAUGCGUCCCUUCUUUAACCGUGGCUCACUAUGGGGAUACCCUCUGUAUGGCGGUCUCGGCGCUAGUUUCGGUUAUUGGCUUUUGGGCGUGGAUCAGAGACAGCAGACGAUUUUGCAGGCGAGGAAGCAGCAAUUGUUAGAGAAGAGGGCGAGGAGGGCGGAAAGGGAGGGUCUUGAGAAAGUGCAGGAGUCCUGA